UGUUGCAUCUAGAGUAGGUCCCAAGCUGGAGCAGGCAGGCAGUUGUCUUAUGUUUACUGAGGAACUUUUAAGGCAGUGCUGUGUUUCCUUUUCCGUAAUAAUGCCCAGAGUCUCCGAGCUAAGCCUCGACGUCAGAUGUAAAGCGGAGGGGUUUUGGUCUGCCGCCGAGGUUUGGAUAAAGAAGCCUCAUGUUGUGAAUAAGAGGCUGUGUGGAGUGAAGGAGAGCGAGUAUGAGGCGGUCUGCUCUGAGGACUUGGGCAGCUGUCUGGCUCGCUUAACCGGGACACAUGGCCACGAAUUAAGCGAGCUUUUCCCCUUUAUCCAUGUUUAUACUGUGGACAGUGGCAUUAAGGCUGAGGAAAGCUGGUGUGUAGGAGUCAGGACCAUUAUUCCUAAAGUAGAGCCAAACUGCAAUGGAAACGUGUACAAAGAGGUCAUAGUCAAAGAUUUGAUUGGCCAAGCAGUGACAUUUCUUCCCAUUGAAGAAACCAGAGAAGGUCACGUUAAUCUCAAGAAAAGUAAUAUUUAUAAGAUUCAGCUCGAGGAAAAUACAGAUGAAUGUGUGCUGCGUCUUCAUGCACUGAGUCCUGAUCAGUGGUUCAGUGACGGAGUGGCCUACCCCAAACUCUCCUGGCUGACAGCAGAGCUUCUUCCUAAACUAGCACGCUGGGCGAUAGAGAAUAAGAGCAGCGAGUUCAAGAGUACUCUAUCCCUCAUCCCUGUAGAGAAGUACAGCGUUCUCUACCAGCAGCUGAAGAACAAAUACAAAGAGAUGGUCAAGGUCUGGCCUGAAGUUACUGAUCCUGAGAAGUUUGUCUUUGAAGAUGUUGCCAUUGCUACAUAUCUCUUGGUUUUGUGGGCUGAAGAGCGUGCUGAAAAAGGAGUGACAUCCAGACAGUCUUUUGUGGACCUCGGCUGUGGAAACGGUCUGCUGGUUCAUAUAUUGAAUAAUGAAGGGCACCCUGGAAAGGGUAUUGAUGUGCGCAAGCGGAAAAUCUGGGAUCUGUAUGGGCCCAACACACAUCUAGAGGAAAAGGCAAUCACACCCAGUGCAAGCUUCCUCUUCCCUGAGACGGACUGGCUGAUUGGAAAUCACUCGGAUGAGCUCACGCCAUGGAUCCCUGUUAUAGCAGCCAGAUCGUCCUACUCUUGCCGCUACUUUGUGCUCCCCUGCUGCUUUUUUGACUUCUGUGGGAAAUACCAGCGGCGGCACUGUAAGAAGACUCAGUACAGGGAAUACAUAGACUUCAUCUCUGAGGUCAGUGGAGCAUGUGGCUUCCAAACAGAUGAAGACUGCCUGAGAAUCCCCUCCACUAAACGGGUAUGCCUAAUUGGGAGGAGUAGGAGUUAUGAGGAACCUGAAGGAGAGCUAGCAGAAGCGAGGAGAACAGACUACAUCAGGGGACGGCAGGUCUCGUACACAAGCUUCACUAAUGUCACUCAGAAAGACCACAGUAGACAUAAUCACCAUGGAGAUGGACAGGAGAUCCCUGAACCAGGAAGUGAGUGGGGAAGCGGCUUCCAACCCAGAGAGAAGACGGAGACAGUGAGAAACUGCGCAGCUCUCCCUAGAGAUUUGGUAGAUGGUGUGGUCCUGAAGGUGGCCAGGGCCUUGCUGGAGCUCACUGCAGAGGCGGGAGAGGAGGGGAAAAACUCCUCAUGGAAGGAUACAAAUAACUGGCAUGCUGGAGGCUCUCUCUCUAUCCGUGAGGUAGCUGAGCUCCUGGACCAGUCCACCCUGCAGACGCUGAAAAAAGAAUGCGGAGGUCUGCAGACUCUGCUGAAAAACAGCCACCAGGUGUUCAGAGUGGAAGGUGGACGAGUACACAUUCGGGACUGGCGCAACGGUGGCCCAGUGCGGGUAAACUCAAAGCCUAAAUCCCAAACCUCAGGAGCGCUAAAGACCAGACUGUGUUGGUUCCACACCCACCACCCCCAUGGAUGCCCACUGUCCACUGAAGACUGCCUUUUUGCUCAUGGAGAAGAUGACCUACGACCCUCCACGCGCCCUCUGAAAAAGUUGAGGAGCUGACCACAAUUGACGCGAAGGUCAUGUUUAAUUUGAACCGAAACUCUAUGAGACCUUUUUGCUGUUUUUUUUUUUUUUUUUUUUUUUAUGACUAUUUUCAGCUUGUCGCUCUGUGUAAAUAAUCAGCACCAUUUUUGUUUUGGUCUCUUAUUUAUCUGCUCUUCAUCAGUAAAACAAAUAGAUUUUCUCCUAGCAAACAUAUUCCUGGCUUAUAACAGAGAGAGAACAAUAAACAGCUGAUACCACAGAAGACCAAAUAAUGAAAUCCGUCCCUCGCUUUUCGAAAGUAGUUGCCCCCAUUGGAACAUGAAAAGGGCUCUUUUGUGAGUGUGUGUGUUUGGGAUGGCAUGUGCUUGGUAAAUGUUAAAGGCAUAAAUAAUUCGGAGUGCAAUGUGGGGGGCAGGUCUGUUGUAGGUGUUAUUGUCCCUCUGCUCAAAUGUCAUGGGACAGGAUGUUCCUGUCUACUCUGUAGGGUCAGCUGAGGUCACUCCUUCAUGGGCUCAUUUGUAAAUGACAAGGAAGUAUCAGUUUCAUUUGCUUCACUCAAAAAAGCCUAGCACUGAUCCUGUGACACAGCACUCCAGGCCCACUGGGAAACAUUAAGAGAAUUGCUUAUUUACACCAUUGCUUGUACACUGUGUACAUUUAUUUAUUUUUAACAGUAUAUUGUUAUAGGGAAAAAGUAUAAUUAGAAUUCUUACAUUUAAUGGGAUUUAUUUGCUUCUAAUGUAGGAGAUUAAUGCUGAGAUGAGAGCUGCUAUAGUAAGUAUUAUUGCCUUCACACUGUGAAACAUUCUCCAGGGUUUUUCUGGCAGUGUGACCUACUUAUGUCAACCCAUGAAAACUGUUCUUGUUUUCAUUGUGCAGUCUAUGAAAUUAAUGGUAAUUAGUACUUAAUUAGUCAGGAUUGAUUCUGUGCAUUUGUUUUUUCUGAGUUUGCUCCAGUUGAGUUAUUUUUUGAAGGGAAAAUUAUUGAAUAUGUUCUGAAAAUAUAUUCUACUCUGUAACAGAGCCAUAAGUAAAAGGGUUACUCUGUGCCAUGCUGAUGGAGAAGUGAACAGGGCAGCCUGCUGUUUGAAAGUCUUGAGGCUUAGGUGGAAGCAGCUUGACUCAACUUUGAGGAAUUUCCUGCAGGAACCUGUGGAUGCUAAUGAAGACACGCAGCCCUGUGGCAGAAGGUGGUUUCAAACAGCAUUAUACAUUCCUUUGAUGCUGAAUGAGCGUUUAAUAUGGGUGCAGCAUUACAGCUGUAACUACGGCAUAGCAGUGUGUGACCAGGCACUGGGUAGCACUGCCUAAUGAGGUGAACAUACUAGGUCACGUUUCAUUAAUGAGCCUGGAUUUCCAUGAGAACCUCAUUUGACUAAUUGAGUCGUCCAGGUCCUACCCACAGUCACAGUGAUGUAUGAGCUCUCAGCAAGAGCAUGAAGUAACUAAUUGUUUCCAUCAAAAAAACAGACCCUUUUUACCCUAUGUUCCUUCAUCCACACUCUACUAAACUGCUGUUAGUUGGAAAUAGAUUUAGCAUAGUAUGUUGGCAGUAAUUGUUUUGGUGCAGCAGGAUGCAUUACAACUUUUACUAGGGUGUCAUACAUGUAUUAAGUCUGGCCUUGAAUUAAACCUCAAUGUCAGUGGUGACAUUUGUAAUUACACUCUUAGUCUUAAUUUACAGUUCUUGGAAAAACCAUGAAACCUUUUGCAUGUUUGAGCAGAAGACAUCAUUGAACCUCCUACGUUCCAGAAUGACAACCAUAGGGUGCAUAGGUCCAAAGUAUUUAAGUGAUUGUUUCAACAGACGUGAUGGAACAGUAGGAGAUCUUCACUGACCAGCAAAUUCACAAGACCUCCAUCUCAUUUCUCAAUUUGUAAGAAUAUGUGAAAUACUGAAACAGAUGUGCCUAAGUUCUAGAUGAAUGGUUGACCAGUUAAUGGAUGAGUGAGCUAAAAAUGAGAUGAAGUGUCUAUAUAAUCAUGACGAGAUCUGACUGGAUUGGAGCUUGCAAACUUGCUUAUCUCAUUUUCAAAAUGUUUUCAUUCUUUGUAACCAAAAGUGUUUCCUCUAUGGCACUGCACCACUUCAAAGUAGGGCCGAACGAUUUUGGGAAAGUAUCUUAUUCUGAUUUUUCUGGCCAAUAUUAUGACUGUGGUUUAAUUGGCUAUAGUUGUCUAUACAUUAAGGUGCAGGCCUGGUUUGUGGUCUUGAAGAUCACAAUACUGUUUAGGGCUUAAGGUGUGAGCGCUUAAUUUGUACCAGGUCCCAUUUGUACCAGGUACCUGUCAAUUAAUUGUUGUUUGUUUUAUGUGAACAGCAGAUGGGUCUGACUCCACUUUGAGCAGGUAUUAGGUUACAUUUCCCAACUUAACAGUGUUCAAGGUAACAGUGUUUAUAAUAUAGGCAAUGAUUUAAAUUGCGGCUCUUGUAAUUGAAAAUUAUUGCUCUUCAUUUUACAGAUUCCAUAUAAACCAUUCAUCUACUCUAUUAACCAUUCAUCUACUUCAGAGAACUCUUUGUUGCACCUAAAUUGGUGGUUGACCAUUGUAACUCUGUUUCUGUUUAGGCUUAUGCUUAAUCUUUAAAAAGUGAAAAAAACAAAACAAAGAAAUCCUAAAUAUCCUGACCCUUCACUCUGAUAUUAAUGCAACUGAAAAAAUGUCACUGCACCAAAACAACAGUAGUGACCUAGUGGAGGUGUAUGUGCCCCGAGCCGGAUUUAUGGCAGGACUUGAUGUGUUUAGCCACCUGCUUUGAACAACUCCAGACAUGGUGCCCCCAGCCUGAGCAGUGACAGGAGGAGAAAUGGCCAUCCGUGGCUGAAUCUGGGCCAACGGGGUGGGGGGGGGGCGGUACAGAGGAGACAAAUGAUCCUGGUCCUGCCUACGCUGAAAACUCUGCUGUCCUGAGGUCUGUGUUGCAUCAGUGCAUGGAGCAAGAGUGAGAAACGCUCUGUCCUAAUGUUUAUCAGAUGGAAUCCCACUCAUGUCCAGUGCGUGUUUGUGUGUGUGUAUGUGACAAGCUACACAAUGCUAUGUCAUCCAAAGAUGCAAUUAUGGAUUUGUUGAUGCUGUAUAAGAAUAGCUGUGUGAAUUAUAGUGUGAAAGGGGGACCAAAACACACAUGAGGGAGUGUAAGUUAAACACAGCGGAGAAGUUGAGAUCAUGAUUGGCUCAGUGUUGUGUGUGUGUGUGUGUGUGUGUGUGUGUGUGUGAGGGAGAGAGAGGGAGAGAGAGAGAGAGAGAGACUGUGAGUGAGUGAGUGAGCGAGCGAGCGAAAAGGGGAAAUCAAGUUGGUCAGUGUGAGCUGACUGGCACAAUGACUGGACCUGGGUACACACCCCUGUCCUGACCGCACCCACAUUAACUGUUUAUCGUUGUUAGGAUAUGCAGAGGUCAUUCUCUCUCUCUCUCUCUCUCUCUCUCUCUCUCUCUC